UUAUCCAAUAGAAAAUAGAAGAGAACUUAUUGAAACGCUGCGUUUAGACGGGCAGCGGCAGGUUUUGAUGUCCCCUCUCUCUCUCUGCUAUAUCCGCGCGACAUCCUAUCCAGAAGCGUGAACUGGAAGAGACCAAAAGCCUCUCAAAUUUUUGUUCUUUCUUGCACUGACUGAGCCACAGAAUUCCCAACCGUCCAUAGCUACUGCGGCUUGUCCAUUACGGCCUCGGGAGAUUUUCUAUCACUUAAAACACGCCAUGACUAUCUCUACGCUACAGUUUGGUUUCUCUUCAAUUUCAUAUCUACGCUGUUCUGCUCGCCAAUCACAUCAUUUGCUUUCCCAGAAACCUCAGGUGGUUAUGCAACUGCAAAGCAAUGGCAGUGGUCGGAGAGUUUGGCGCCGGAGAAAAUUGUCAAAGAAGGAUGACAUGUUGCGUUAUAAAUUGGGGCGUACUCCAUUUCUCGAGGAGCGGAUUAGGAAGGUGAGAGAGGAGGGAAAGCUGUUGACAAUGGAUAUUGAGAGAUUGCUGCUAUCAGAGGAUAACCGGUUUGAUUUUGUGAAUGAGGUAGCAGCCGAGGCCAAUGAGUAUGUUGAGAGCAACAGAGAUGAGUAUGGAGGUAAGAAAAAGGCAAUCCUUCAUGUGCUGAGUAACCGCAUGAAUGAUGCUGGGUUUUAUCGUACAGAGGCAUACCAGGAAUCUGAUCCUUACAAGCCUGGGCCUGGUUAUUUGAAGGAAGAGUUUACAUAAACUGAAUUUAUUUUUUAAGUAACAAUGCAUCAUCUUUCUUCUGAUGUUAUUCUUGUCUCUGUGUUUGCUGUUAAAAGUGUCAGGAAAUACAUUAUAGCUUGUACAGAUCAUUGGUUGCUCUUUCCUGCAAUUUUUCACUUAAAUGGAAGAUUGCAAACUUAGUUCA